AUGGAUGAUAAAAUGGAAGAUGCAGAUCAACCUGUUCAGUGGCUCCAAUUGGAACAAUCUUCUGCUCCUGGAGACAUUUUUGGAGAGCCUGUAACAAAGACCAGAAUUGGAGAUGAAUACCAGGCACAAAUCCCUCCUUUGAUGACAGAAAACGAGCGUUUGCAGCUCAUAGUAUUGCCAUCUUCUCAUGAUAGAGAGAUUGAUAUUGAAGAGCAACUUAUGUUUGGCCACUCAAUUCCGGUGGCUUGGAUUCAAGAUCAACCUAAGAGCAAAGGAAAAACCAUGAAAAAUAAAGCCAAAGCAAAGGGAUCUGCAAAGGGUAAAUCUAGUUUACUUCCGGUUCCAGUUUCAUCAGUUGAAUCUUUGAGCCCAGAUGAACAUCAUAGUUUUGUUCUUGCUUUAUAUAUAUUUGGCAAGAAUUUUGGUGUUGUGAACAGAUUCAUAGGUAAUAAAGGCAUGCGAAAUGUGCUAUCUUAUUAUUAUGGAAAGUUUUAUAAAACAGAUGAACACAAAAAAUGGUUAAGGUAUAAGAAAAUGAAGGGAAACAAAAAGACCAUGCCUGGGAAAAUUAUUUUUAGUGAUUGGAGGCAAGAUGAGCUUUUCUCUCGUUUAUUUCCUCGUGUCACGGACACAAGCAUAACUAGUUUGGAACAGGCUAGCAAAAUGUAUGAAGAUGGAGUAGUCUCGUUUGAGAGAUAUGUAUUCACUGUAAGGGAUAUUGUGGGCACUGAUCUUCUUAUAGAAUCCAUAGGCAUUGGUAAAGGAAAGCGAGAUCUUACUGACCGCAGAGCAAAGAAACUGGUGAAAAAAAGGAUUCUUCACCCUGAAUACGCAUCUCUUAACACAGAACAAAUCAUCAAUCUUUUGAAUUACCAGGGGGAUGAAUUAAACAAACCGAAAUUAAGUGAAGUUUUCUGGGCAGCUGUUUGGCCUCGGCUUUUAGCAAGAGGAUGGCACUCGGAGAAGACUAUAAACUAUGCCUUCCAAAACUCCAAGAGACCGACGGUGUUCCUUCCACCUGGCAUCCAAAAGUUUUCUAGAAGGGCACUACAAAAAGGAGUCCAGUAUUUUGAGUGUUUUAAGGAUGUUCUGGAUAAGGUUGCAUCAGAGCCCGAGCUUCUUGGACCUGAUGAAGCCGAACCUAUCCCAGCUGACAUCCCGGUGAACCCACCUGUGAGACAAGAUCAUAUUCAAUAUAGAAUUGUGGACGUGAGUUUCGCCCAUGAGGAGGAUGGGAUUGUUAAAACUACUAAACUCAGAAGUAUGAUGUCUGAUACUGAAUCUGAUACAGAACCUACUGAUCAUGUGCAAGAGUCGUUUUCAUCUUCUGUUUCAGGAGAAACCAUACAGGAGUCGAACAGCCCUGCAGCCACUCAUGAUUCAGAUGGAGGUAUUGUUUUGCAUGAAACGCUAACCAACCAACCUGAUCAGUUGAAGGAUGAUGGUGCUGAUACAGAUCAAGAGGUUGCUCCGAAUGGUCAAAGGCAGGGUACAAGAAACCGUGUGCUGACUGCAAAAGCGUUGGAAGCUCUCUCUACCGGAUCCAUGAACCCAAAGAAGAAGAAAAGAGACAUCGAGGACGACACCCCAAGGCAAGUUCGUGCAAAAACCGCUGCUGAUUCAGGUCCGUAA